AUGAGCUCGUUGUCUGCCAUCAUCACACCUUCUCUCCUUGCUUCUAUACGCGAUCAUCCGGACCUGCCAAGACACACUUGGUAUCUGAUUGCCGCCACAACACUUUGCCAAUUAAAUCGUCCCGACGAGGUUUCUACAAUUUAUCAACACGCCCUGCGGCAUGGCCCAGGUGGCAUAGCUCCGAGCCAUGAUGAGAAACUACGCAUCUCCCGCCGCAUACGCGAAGCCUUGAUCAAGGCUGCCGCAGUUGGCGGUGUUCCGAGGACAAUCAAUGCCCUGCUCGAGCUCAAGAAGGUGACACCAGAUGAAUUAUUAGAUGAACCCGAGUCCUUCUCUCCCACCGGGCGGCGCGCCGAUGUCUAUGAUACGCCCGCGCCGCUAAUCAUGCAGCGCGGUCAGAGUUUUUUUGAAACCGUCUACGGCAAAGUCACCAGAAAAGUCAUGAACCAAAUGGACCAUUCCGGGACCGAGGAUCUUGGGUUGGUGGCGCGCCUAAUGUACGGCUAUGUCCUCAGCAACACCAGCGUGCUCAGCGCCGCCGAGACCUCGUUCGUCAUGAUCGCCGGCCUGAUACCCCUGGACGUGAAUCCUCAGCUCAAGGGGCACCUGAAGGGUGCUCUCAAUGGCGGUGCCACGGUUGAGCAGGUAAAGGCCGUUCGUAAUGUCGUCGUCCAAAUAUGCAUGGCGUCUGGAAUGAAGGUGCUCGACGACAGCAGCCCAGCUGGACACGGGUGGAGAAGCGAGGUUGCUGACCUUUAG